UUUGGUACUAAAAUAUUGAAUCCUUUUCUCUGCUAUCAUCCGACACAACAUCUAUUCAAAAAGACGUUCAUUUAAUGACGAAAAUCAUGUACCUGUAAUACAGGACGACGAAAGAUUGAAAUACUUAGUAAAAAAUUAAUUCUACUUUUCGUAUCAUCGAGUAACGCUACUAUUAAACAUGGAUAAAAGAAAGAUGUCGACAGCAGGAGAUUCCCUGUAUCAAAUAUUAGAAAUUCCAAAAACUGCCACUCCUGAAGAAAUUAAAAGGACUUAUAGAAAGUUAGCAUUAAAGUAUCAUCCUGAUAAAAAUCCGAAUAAUCCAGAAGCGGCAGAUAAGUUUAAAGAAAUAAACAGAGCACAUGCUAUACUAACAGAUUUAACUAAGAGAAAUAUAUAUGAUAAUUAUGGAUCUCUUGGAUUAUAUGUCGCGGAACAAUUUGGUGAAGAAAAUGUUAAUGCAUAUUUUGUAGUCACUUCUGGUUGGUGCAAGGCACUCUUCAUAUUUUGUAGUCUGAUAACUGCAUGUUAUUGCUGUUGUUGCUGCUGUUGUUGUUGCAACUUUUGCUGUGGCAAAUUUAAGCCAACACCACCAGAAGAUAGUGGAGAAUACCACAAUUUACAGCGGAACCAGAACCCAGAGGCAAAUGUCGUGAUGAAUCAGCCCAGAGGCCUGGUUAAGGAAGAGGAGAGUGAUGACGAUGCGAUUACAGCACAACCACAGGGUGGCCCGCAAAAUAAUUCGACGAAUCAACAACCCAUUUUCGCCAUGCCUCCACCAGCCAUGAGCCAACCGAUCACUACCGUCGAUGAGAAUACAAAUUUGAACAGGGGUGCUGAAAGAGUUAUUUACACAACUGCUGCCUCUACAAAUCCCUUCGUUGGAGCAAACGUUGGUACAACUAGCACGACUGCAACAAAGUGGUAGUCACCAAACGAUAAAAAUACGGUAAACGUAUAAGCGUUGGAAGAUUUGUUACAUAACUUUUACGGGGUGGAUUUUGAUCUGUGAGUAGUGUGCAAGACAUUAAAAGAUUAUUGGAAAUGCUUUUUGUAAGAAAUUAACUUAAUUAUCGUCAAAUAAUUAAGUUACAGAAGUUAAUUAAGUUAUGCACUUUAAAAGUUUUUUAUUAUCGCAUAAUCAAAUAUUUAGGUUUAUAUCUAUUGAAUGCUUUAAUAUUGACAUGAUAAUAAAGUGAUAUAUAGUUCAAUUCUUCUUGACAUCUCCAAAUAAUUUAAUCAAUGAUAUAUUUGUCUAUAAUUUAGAAGAGAAAAAAAGUCAGUACAAUUAAAAAAAUGAAAUGACAUAAAUAUUAGAAACAAAAAUUACUAAUUUCUUCCUAAUUUUUAAAUUUAGCAAAUUAAGACAGAUUUAACAAAGACUUAGUAAAGUACAUGGGAUAUGAAAAGUGAUAUUAAUAUUCAUAUGUAAAUCCACCCCGUUUUUACAAAUAGACAAAACAAAGAGUGGCGAAUAAGGAUCUCGAUAUAUAAAUAUUUAAUUCACAAAUUCUCAAUUAUUCUCAAAAUUGAAAUCAAUAUUUAAUGAUAAAAAUCACAUUUUGUUAAUGCAUGAAAUACGUAAACAAUGGUACAUGUACGCGUGAAUAAAAAUGGCUUGAAGUUACUAGAAAACUUUUUUUUGUUAAUUGAUUAUAUUAUUAUAUAUUGUAAUUAGUAUGACAAUAAGUUAUACAUUAAUCCAGCUGCUUCUUCAAAAUAUUUAUUUUUAAUAGUAAUCAUAUCCUGCGAAACAACAAUGUACAUACCGAGAAUGGAUUCAUUACAAAGUGGAACUUCCGGUCUUUAUUAGGAUGAUGUGAAAUUAAUGCACAAUAUUAUUUUAAUCGCUUAUUGUAGCAAACGAAUUUACAAAUUCAAUACCAGUUUCAUAAUUGAUUAAAGACCUUAUAUAAGAGUUUCAUACUUUUAUUAAGUAAACGCAUUUGAGUAGGAUGAUUUACAACAAAAGGUAUUAAAAUAAAUUUCAAUAUUAAAACUUCGUAGUAAAAUACGCAACAAAUUUGGAUUUAUAAUGAGUUCAAAACAUAUUUCAUAAUUUUUACUUCUUAAAACAGAGAAAAAAUUUUUUUUCAUUCAUACGAAAAUGAAUAUAUAAAAUUAAAUGAAAACAAAUAGUAUUCAAUAAUAUAUUAACAUUGAUAUUAUGUAUAUUAAUAUACUAAAAUGUAUUAAAUAUAUAUAUACGCAUUUUAUGUGUUGUUAUUGUUAUGACAUGUAUUCACAUAAAAUAUAAAUGGAUAUUUUAGUAAUUUUUACUAUCUUGUUGUCAUGUAUAAACUAUUCCAUACAACGUAAAAAUAAUAGUACUAUUAUAUAAAAACUCAUUUUAACUUUUAUAGAAUAAUUCGUUUCCGCAUUUAAUGUAUUUAACCUCCUAAUUCUUAUUUUAUAAAUGUAAAAUAGAAACUGUAUGUUAGUUGUAUUUUUUAACGAUUUUUCUAUGUAAAAACUGUUAAUAUUUACCAUUAAGCGUGAAAAAUGAUGUAGUUAUCUUAUCACAGAUGGUAAUGUAUUUCUGAAAAAUUUAUUAACUAAAAAAUUAUUUUUUAUCGAUAUGUAUAAUUGUACAAUUAUAUACAAAUUGCAUUAAUUUUACAACACCCUAAUGGUAACCAAUAGCAAAUUGCAACAAAUGUCAAAAUUUAGUUUAUUUGUAAUUAAAAUUAAGAAUAUUAUAUUUUGCUCUGCUAUUCAAAGAAUCAUAUUAUUAUAUCUGUAAAUAUUUAUGCAAUGUAUUAUGAAGUAGGGAAUUAUAAAACUUGUGUCAUGCAGCUAAUGUAGCUAAAACAGAUCACCAAAAUGUUUAGCUUUUGAAAAUGGGAUAUAUAUCUAAUCAUUAAAGUUGUUUGAUAUGGAGCUUAGAACCAAAUUGGUAAUGUGUUUUAUUAUUAGUAAAUUAUUAAGUCAAAAGCAAUUCAAGCCUACCAUAAUCUUGUAAUAAAAUACCACGUUUUCACAUUUAUACUGUAUGUAGCCAUAGACCACAAUUAUCAUUUCAAAUCAUAUAAUUGUGUAUAUAAGGUUUAUGCAUUUAAUACUUUAGUUCAAUCAAUUAAAGGGUCUAGUAAAAAGUGUAUUGAUUAUGAAUUAUGAAGUAUCAAUUUGCUGUACUCUUAAUUCACAUCUUAUAAUGAGUAAUUAUAUUUGUCUUGGCAUACAAUACUUUAUUACAAAUGUAAUUUAUAAGUCAAAAUUUAUUUUUGCAACAUAUUCCAUAUCAAACAAUUUUUAUUUAUCAUUUCUUUUACUAUCUCCAUAAAUGUUUAAAUUAUUUUGAUGACUUGUUUUAAACGUCUACAUCUGUAUGUAUUAUGUAUGUGUAGUAUAAAACAUCAUCUGUAAUAUGUUUGUACGUAUGCACAUAUAUAUGUGUAUGUAUACAGAGUGGACUGUUUAUUUCAGAAUUGAACUAAUUCUGAACAUAUGUAAUUGCAUUUCCUAAACUUUAUUGUAUCAAUAAUAGCAGUGAAUGGAUAUAUAUUAAAUCAUAAUGAAAUUCUGCACUCUGUGCAUAGGUAUAUGCAUGCAUACAUAUAUACAUAUAAUUUAUUGUUGAAGAAGUUGUAGAAUAAAUUUUGUGCGAAUAUAAUCUGUUAUUUGUGCAUAUGUA